UCUAAACACAUUUCACUUAAAUGCAUACAAUGAGAGUUUAUAACAUGAAAUUGUUCAUGGUUGUGAUUGCGUUGUUUGCGCUGGCUGGUUCCAGUGAGGGACAAGCACCGCCGUGCGAUGGGUCGGAGACAACACAGCCACCUUGUACUACAACUAAUACACCCUGUACGACAACAGAGCUACCCUGUACGACAGCAGAGCCGCCCUGUACGACAACAGAGCCACCCUGUACAACAACGCCCCCUUGUACAACAACGCCACCCUGUACAACAACGCCACCCUGUACAACAACGCCACCCUGUACAACAACGCCACCCUGUACAACAACGCUUCCUUGCAAAACAACGUCGCCCUGUACUACAACGCCACCCUGUACUACAACGCCACCCUGUACUAUAACGCCACCCUGUACUACAACGCCACCCUGUACUAUAACGCCACCCUGUACUACAACGCCACCCUGUACAACAACGCCCCCUUGUACAACAACGCAACCCUGUACAACAACGCCACCCUGUACAACAACGCCACCCUGUACAACAACGCUUCCUUGCAAAACAACGUCGCCCUGUACAACACCACCUUGUACAACCACUGAGCCACCCUGUACAACAACAGAGUGCACAGAUACAAUUGUAACAAUUAGCCUUGCCAAGCCCCGCUGUAAAUGCCCCUCUGGCCUAGGCGAUUGCGACUGCGCCGCGUUAGAAGACGCCGCAACCCUGCUCUCGGCAUUCGACUGCCGUGGAAUGAAGGAUGGCACGAUCCUAACGGAUCCCAGGCACUGCCGCAGAUAUUACGUGUGUCGCAAUAACCGGGCCAGACGCCAGACCUGUGCCGCUGGCCAGUGGUUCGACCGCAGGGCCAAGAUCUGCCUCAACCGCGCGCUGGUGACAAACUGUUUGCUGGGCCGCAACUGAGAGCUGGACACACCCUGUGCUCGUAUACAUUAAUACAUACAUUUUUUUU